GGUUCAUGGCCAAAUCUCAGAGUUUCUACGUUGCAUGGGUGAAGCAACAAAGAAUUACAAUCUUAAAGUAGCUGAAUUUGACAUUGUGACAAAAUCAAUCUUCAAAGCUGUGGAAACAGGGCAUGUUGAGUUUAUUACUCAAAUAUGUAAAGCAAAUCCAAAACUUGCUAAAACCUUGGAUGAGAAAACUAGAUCCAUUUACCAUUUUGCCAUUGAAUGUCGCCAAGAAAAAAUUUAUAGUCUAAUAUAUGGGAUUAAAAAGGAAGCCAGGAAAAGAACCGGACGUUCAGUAGACAAUUUUAACAACAAUAUGCUACACGCUGCAGGAAUUUUAUCGCCACUUUCACAAUUUGAUCAUCUUCAAGGUGCGACUUUGCAAAUGCAGAGAGAACUACAAUGGUUUAAGGAAGUGGAGAGCAUUGUACCUUUCGACAAGUAUGAAUGUCUAAAUCAAACAGAUAAAUUGACAGCUCGUGAACUAUUCACCAAGAAUCAUAAAAAAUUGAUGGACGAGGCAGAAAUCUCAAUAAAACACAUGGCAACUUCUUGUACGGUUGUUGGUGCUCUGAUUGCUACCAUGAUGUUUGCUGCAGCAUUCACGAUUCCUGGUGGGAAUAAUGGUAAUACAGGCAUUCCCAUGUUCAUAGAUGAAAGGCUGUUUCUGGCUUUUAUAGUUUCAGAUGCUUUAUCACUCGUUUCUUCCACAACUUCAGUGAUUAUAUUUUUGGGACUUCUCACAUCACGUUAUGCAGAAGACGACUUUCUCAAGUCCUUACCCAAAAAGAUAAUGAUUGGUCUUUUCACUCUUUUUAUCUCUAUUGCCACUAUGGUGACUGCAUUUUCUUCUGCCCUUGUCAUCAUGUUACACGGAAAUUAUUCAUGGAUUGUCAUUCCAAGCAUUAUUCUUGUGAGUGUUCCCAUCACCUCAUUUGUGUGGGUACAGUUUCCCCUCCUCCUAGGGACUCUGAUUUCUACAUAUGGGCCAGGAAUAUUUGACAAGGAUGUCCAACCUUGGUUUUAGGCCCAAUGAUAGUCUCUUCUUAGGCAUUUGGCCACUUCUACGAUGUG